UAUGCAGCUGGGGGGUGGGUCCAGAAUGGCGGAACUCGGAAAUUGUUACAACUGGGCAUGACCACUGUGACUGGAGCUGACACAUUGCUUAAAACUUAAUAUCAGUUUGGAUAUAAAUACAAACCCAGUUACCGCCAAAGGAUUAUUUUGCCUCUGUCCAAUCAGCCAGAACGAUGGAUGGAUCCAUAAGAGUUAUUUCCAAUCCCUCUGUUAAUGUGCGUCUCACAACCACCAUAUCCUCUUUUGAGGUCCAGCGAAGGUUUGAUAGAGGCGCAUGCAUUGCAGAGCUGAAGGGGAAACUGGAGAUGGUGGUGGGUGUGCCUGUCUCCUGCAUGGACUUGGAGUUGUUCAGCACAUCGGACAAAUACUUGCAAAAACUGGAUGACGACAACGCUUUACUGGGCUCCUAUCCCGUGGAUGAUGACUGCAGAAUACACGUUGUUGAUCGAAGUGGUGGCCAACUGGGAGAGUUCACUGAUGUUACCAAAGUGGAAAAGUUUGUCCUGUCAGAUGACGCAUAUGAAAAGAGAACAGAGACGGCAAGGUCCUUCAUGAAGAAGCAGUCCCUCGGUCGCUACAACCAAGAAGAAAUGGCCAAGAAGAAAGCAGAGAGCAUCGCUCGGGAGGAGGAACAGAAGGCGGCUGCUGAAGCCAUUUCCGUUGGCAGCCGAUGUCAAGUGCACGUCAGCGGGCAACCCACAAAGCUAGGCACAGUAAUGUAUGUUGGUACAACAGACUUCAAGCCAGGCUAUUGGGUAGGCGUGAAGUACGACGAGCCACUGGGUAAACAUGAUGGCAGUUGCGAAGGGAAACGUUACUUUGAAUGCGAGAACAAAUACGGAGGCUUUGUGAAGCCACUGAACGUGACCGUGGGAGACUUCCCUGAAGAGGAUUACGAUUUAGAUGAAAUGUAGGACUGACAGAUUUGAGAUGGUGAAAAAAAUACAUUUUUUUUUGCAUCUUGUGCUUUUUCAAGAGGGCAUGAACUUUAAUUGACAGUAUAAGUAUAAAUCUACCAAAAGGCGGGGUUUGUGCCACAUGGGAUCUUUUGAGUUGACUGCUCCAGUUGUGUCUCUUGAAUCAACGUUUGUCAUCUACAAGUAUACUGUUAGUUUGCAUCCUUUGCGUUAUUACGGUGUGUAUAUAAAGCAUGUAAUCUGCAUACUGUAUGUGCAAAAGGAAGCUCUUUCCAAAUGUGCGUGUAAAUGUUGAAGAUCAUUUCUCCAUGUAGAUAAAUUCUGUAUUUCCUCAUAUUUUUAUAUUAAGUCCUGUAAUUGAAACGGUUGGCUAUUCACUGUGUUGUUUAUAUUGAAUCCUUACAAUUGAAGAGGUAAUCAUCAAUAUUGUCUUAUUCAACAUAUUUUAUCAUAAAGGUUUAUAUAUUUUAACAACAAGAGCAGAAAAUACGGAACGGGUAAAGUGUUGGUCAUUGCAACACUUCUCGCUGUUCGAAAGUAAUGUACAUGUGUGUUUUUAAAUCUAUGGUUUACUCGUCUAAAUAUUGCGCUUU